AUGACGUCUACAAUACGUGGAUCAUGGCAAACAAUUGGAAAACUGAACGUUUCUCUUCUGGGAACCAAAUUCUUCAGGCGGUCUAACCUAAAUGGGUUAACUAGUACAACUCAACCAGCUAACACAUCAUUAGAGGAAUAUUUGCAAGAAUUUUCGAGCACUGGGAGAGAUGUGCUCUCUAAGUUUGGCUUCGUUGUGGUGACUCAUCUUUCGGAUAUGUUUAAUUUUACAUUAAAAUUUGGUAAAGUUCCGCCAAGAAAAGCCGGGGAUAAGCUCAAUACAAUUAUAAGGGCGUUGGAUAAUAAUGAUAUGGACCUUUCUGGCAGUCCAACAGUAAUGAACGUCCAGAGAACUUACCUAGUACAAUUCAUUCAUCAAUCUUGGCCUUUUAGGACCUGUUUUAUCUUCUGAAGUCCGCAACCACAGACUAUAAAGGUAAUUGAUAUAUUUCGACCUUUGGUUACGAAGGUUUGGUACAUAAUGGCUGGAUUCUUCAUAAUUU